AAAAUCACGAAGUUCAGAAUGAAAUAUUAAAAAAUAUAUAUAUAUAAUUAUAAUCAACCGUGUAUUUUUGUUUUAAUACUUAUCAACCAACUCAGUAUGUUUAAGAGUCGAGGUGAUAGCAAUAUUGUUUAUAAAUGUACUGUGAGACUACUAGAAGAUACUGAAAUAUUAGAAUGCGAAUUUCACCCAUCUUACAAGGGUAAAUUCCUGUUAGAACAUGUUUGCCAACAAUUAAAUCUGACUGAAACUGAUUACUUCGGCCUCCGAUAUGUGGAUGGAAAUGGUCAAAGGCAUUGGCUGCAUUUAGCCAAAGUUAUACUGAAGCAAGUAAAAGAUGCCUCACCCAUAUUAUUUAGUUUUCGGGUAAAGUUUUACCCACCGAACCCUCUACUGCUGAAGGAGGAUGUAACGAGAUUUCAAAUAUAUCUCCAGUUAAAACGUGACUUACUUCAUGGCAGGUUAUAUUGUACGGCAAACGAAGCUGCUAUGCUUGGAGCACUUAUAAUACAAAUCGAACUUGGCGACUAUGAUCCGAAUAUUCACGUUGGUAACUACGUCACGGAGAUGAAGAUACUGUUACGACAAACCGACGCUAUUGAGGCCAGGAUACAGGAGCUACAUCGUGAGUCUAUAGAGGGCGCUACUGGCGGCGGCGCGUGUACAGACGGCGGAGUCCGAGGUCUGUCCACACAGGAGGCCGAGCAGACCUUUCUACGUUUAGCGUGCACCUUCGACACGUACGGAGUAGACCCUCAUCCUGUCAAGGACCAUCGUGGUAACCAACUGUACUUGGGCAUCAACCACACCGGGAUCCUGACAUUCCAGGGCAGUCGGAAGACACAUCACUUCAAGUGGGCCGAAGUCCACAAGAUAAACUUCGAGGGUAGAAUGUUUAUUGUGCACUUAAAUUAUCCCGAGAAGAAGCACACAGUCGGUUUCAAAUGUCCAAGCGGAGCCGCGUGCCGGCACGUGUGGUGCUGCGCCAUAGAACAAAUGCUGUUCUUCACGCUGGCGUCAUCUUCCGAGGCGUGUGUGUACUCCGGCGGCGGUCUGUUCUCGUGGGGAACUAAGUUCAAGUACGCGGGGAGAACUGAGAGGGAAAUAUUAGAGAGAGACGGACUUCUGGCUACCACUAGAGACGAUCAGGAGGAAGGUUCCAGUGUGGGCGGGAAGAGAAAAGCAUCGAGUGUUCCAGCGACCCCGUCCACACCGAUGACCGGAGACUUUGGUUACUCAAGCCUGCCCAGGUCGACUCACAGUGCUCCCUUAGAAGAAAGUGCAGUGGACGGUGACCUCUGUGUCGGAGGCUGUUUGUUGGGAGGACCCGCUGUGGACAUAGCGCUGACCUGCUGCGAUCACCUCAGACACAGCGAUGAUAAACCACCGUGUCCCGAAUACAGCCCGCGCGAUCCGUUCGAACACUCGUCGAGUGAGUCAGCGGCGACGACCCACGUGACCUACGUGUCGCAGACCUCUCACGCGGCGGAGGAGUGGCGCCCGCCGGCCCUGCAGCCUCCUCCGCGGCCCUUCAACCUCCUGAGGGCGUUCGUACCUUCCUUCCUAUUCGUGUGCCUCUCGCUUUCCCUCGCCAUCCUCCUGCUCUUCGAGACCGACUGGCCCCUACUCCGGCCUCUCAAACGCAAACCCGAACUGGUUUCGCUUAGACACCACUACUACGCUCCCCUAAAGGAGUAUCUCAAGAAGAAAAUCGUCGAGUUAUUCUGAUGCGCCCUCUGUUGACUGAGUUUUGUAUACCGGUGGAGUCAAUUCUGAAGUGUCAAAAAAAUAUUUUCGACACCUUUUACGGAAUCCCGAUGUUUUUGCAUUUAAUAUAGUAUUUAUCGAUUAUACAUUAUUAUAUUAUAACGUUACGCAUGUAACAGUCCGCGUUACGCUUGUAUGUUUCCGUCGUGAGAACCUCUGUCGCGCGCACUUCUUGUGAUAGUUUGAAACUUCCUCAUGACGAAUUCUCGACACGUAUUAAUUGUUAUUUAUAUGCGUAGUGUAUGUCGUGAAGAGAUAUUAAAAUCUAUUAUAUUUAAGUUGAAAAUUUAUAAGCUAACGUGCACUUAGCUUGACGCACACUAAAUGUGAACGGUAGUUGUGAUAGUUAAUGUUUGUCCUCACGGGAAAUCGUACAAAUAGCGCAAGGCUUUCUAGAAUAGUCCUUUAUAAUAUUGUACGGGCAUUACAUGGAAUCUCGUAUAAUCUAUAUAGAUCUUUAUACAUAAUGUUCUUUAUAACAUUCCAUUUUAAAACGGCACUGAUUUAUAUUUUUCACUCGCAUCAUUAUUAUUAGAAAAUUAAUUUUUAAGCAAUGUAUUUUUUUUUUCGAAUUUUUAAUACAUUAUGUACUUAUGAAUGAAUCUCGAAAGUUCCUUACAAUUUUUUUUUUGUGAAGUACUCAGCAAAAACAUUUUAAGUAAUCUCACAUUUGUAGGUUAUAUUAUGUGAUUGUAUUUACAAAUAAUUUGUACCUGAUGGUAUUGGAAUUAGUUGUAUGCCUUAUUAGUGUUACUAAUACUAGACUUAAAACGCUUCCUCCCCUAGUCACCUAUAGUUUUUCGGUUAAUUUAUUCUUUAAAUAUAAUAAAAUCUAUUUAAUUAUAACUAAGCUUAUUUAUGCACAAGAUUAUUUUAUUUUUUUUACACCUUCACAAUUAACAUUAUUUGAUAGUCUUUAUUUUUAUAAUUUUGUAUUUAUUAUCUGUGGUAUUAAUUUUUCUCGUUACAAAUUUAUUUACAUAUGUAACAAUAAAUGUACAUUCUUAGGUCGAGUCUACACUAUAAAGCGGAUCUUAAUUUAUUCUUCUCAUAAAAUAUGAAUAGUUCUAUAUAUGAUGAAUAUGAACAAAAAUAUUAGAUUUGGUUUUUGUCCAUCAAGAGAACUGUUGUAUAGUGUAUUCAGAGCCUAUUGUCAAAUGAGAUUUUAAAAGGAUUAUACAUCUGUAUUGUAUCAGAGCCGAACUUUUACAUAAAUCUGAUGUAAAUCUUCGCAAUAUUUAAAAUAUAUGCUUACAUUUGUUUUGUACUUAUUAGGAAAUGUUAUUUUUAUACUUUAACGCGCCUUUUGCAAGAGCUAUAUAGCAUUAAGGAAGUUUUAUUACGUAGUUUAGUUUUUAGCUGGAAGAUUUGGGGAUGUAUUAUUUUUUUGUAAGGACUGACUGCGACGCGGAUGCCAAAUUGUGACGGACUUUUGUCUGGUCAUCAUCCCUGCAAACGGUCAGAUGUUUGCCAUUCCACAGCCGGCGUAUCUAGACACGACCAUCCGUUGUAUUACCUGAAUUUAGCACAAAACGUAAUUAAUAAACGUUCCGAUACGACAAA